UGGACCUUAAAGUAUGUCCUUUUUUAGUGCAUUGUGUAGCGUAGCAUUGCGAAGUGCGGUGAGACUGUAUUGACAGCUGUUGUAACUGUGUUCAAGUCUGCGGACAUGGGCUUGUGAUGGCGCAGGUUUUAAAUCUUUUGUUUUCGAAAGCGCUAUCGUCGGAAGAACUACUGGAGUGGCUGACUGACCCGAAGUACAAGGCAACUGUUGUCGAACUUCAGUCGCUUGAAUCAGAGAGGAAGAACUUUAUACAAGUCUUUAUCGAUUUCAUUCGUGACCAGUGCCCGUUUAUCCAACAGACGCCAUCGCCCACCAAGGUACGGCGGCCGAUUUCACCGUCCGCCAGAGUCUCAAGCUGUGACAGCGUUCUCGCCCUCAAGCAUGACAGCGCAGUCUGCGUGCGAUCACGACCACCGGCUGUUGGCCGUCGCCAGACUACGGUCAGGGUAGCCGGCGAAUGCAACAAACCGUUGACGCUCCCAACAACAGCCGCCCAACCCGACUCAUCCAGUGUUUCUCGUGCUGAAAUUUCGAGCUCCGAGUUGUCUACGCCGUGCAUUAUUGACAGACGCCCAGUUUCUAAGGGCGAACAAACACAGCCGGCAGUUUCUGUGUUCCAUAAUGCGCCCGAUAUUGGCGACCGCACCAUAUUUCCAGCGGUCAACGCGGUUGUCGAAAACCAAAGGCCGAUCAGGAGAAUAACGCCAACGCCUGUCAAAUCGCAUUGGAGGAAGCUAACGCUGAGCGACUUCUUGCCUCCGGAGGUUUCUCACGAGUGUCAGCGAAAGGACAGUCAUCGGUCUCCGAGACAACCUCACAAAGAGUUCCCAAAAUCACAGUUAAAAAAGACGGAUGCGUUGCAGUUGCGCCUGAGCUCUGCAUCGCAAACGUGCAGCUCUGCGCAGCGUCGUAGUGGAAAGCUUCGGUCCCAACCGGAAUGUGGCCAUACCAGCACUGCCGUGCCGGCUGUAGAAGAACUGCAAGUGGAGAACUACGUUGUACCAGCUACAAAUUGCAUUACUGAACGGGAAAAGCUUGAUGCUCUGGCUACUGUGUAUGCUGCACUCUUAAACAAGGGCCUUGUAGUGAACCUGACCAUUGAGCUUUUCUUCCUGCUGCAGUUGUUGACAGUGAAGCAAAAAGUGAACUUUGAUGAAAAAUCUUCUACAAAACUUCUGCAUUCAGUGCACAACUGCACUUACUUUGCAGCUGCUGUGUUAGAAAACAUUCUGCAGUGGCUUUGUUUCUUGGACAAGCCAACAUUAAAGCUGCUUUCAAAUGUAGAGCAGCUAUCUACAUUUGCACCACAGUUGUACGCAAGCCUUGUGGAGCUUGUAGAAGGUGUGGAGCCAGUCUCAAGAGGCUGGUCUUCCUCAAUCCAAGGUGUUGCUUUUGACAGUUCUACUGACAGCCAGAAUCAUUUUGCUUCGGACAGCAACUUUCGGACAUUCAGGAAGCAAAGAGACCUCUUCUACGGCCUUUUUCGUGAUUGGCAGCGACAUCAGUUUGGUCCUGGCAAAAGCUUUGGUACCCAGUUUACUCACAGGGUAGCAGAGAUUCUUGAUAUGUGCAAUAAUCCAUGCAACUUGUCACACUUGGCUCGCCUUGUCCUUGGACAACUCAUGACUAGCUGCUGUGGAGGUCUAGAAUUUGACGACCAAGGAAACCUUGAUGAGAAGUUUCUUUAUGAUUUGAAAAGCACCUCCCCAGGAAAGAUGCAGAAGUUGGAAGAAAGGUUUUUACUGCCUUUCAAAGUUGGAGGCCCCUGUCCAAACCCAUCAUUUACAGGCUCCCAAGUUUUCUUCUAUGAAUUUAUUAGGGCUGCCACAAAUUCAAUUUUUCUACAGCACUUCAAAGAUCAAUGUGUAGCGAAAAUUGUGGAGUUUGAAAAAGAUAAUCCUUUUCAGAAUGCUGAGCAAAUUCCAAAUGAUGAUGUUAGGAGAGCCCUCAUUGCAGCAGUGUACAAGUUCAAGCUACUAGGUCUCUUUCUUGGAGUUGUAGAGUUUCUUCCUUAUAGUACCAUUGAAAGCUUACCAAAACAAUAUCAAGAUGGACAGCAGGCUAUUAGAAAUCAUAAGCCUUUGCCUCUGAACAUUACUGGUCUCAUCAAGGAAUCUGUACAGAGCAAGCAGCUUGCUGCAACAUUGACUUGGGUUGUCAACUUCCUUAGCAUGAUGGAUCCUAUUGCAAGGACACUCACUGCAUAUAAAGAUGUGCUAGAGUUGCUCUUUUCUAUUUACAGAUCAAGUGCAUUGCUACAGACUAGCAGUGCUGCAUUUUUCGCUAGAGUGUUGCUUGGCUGGUUAUUUGAGGUACAAUCUAUUCAGUAUGAUGUUUUCACUCAUGCCUCAAAUGGCACACUUACACAUGUGGAGUCACUGGGCAGCUUUGUUGAUGGCUCCAUUAUCUACAUGUGUUGCCCGUACCUCCGUGAGCUGCGCUGCAUUCUGCUAGAGCAUAUUGCUGGCAGAAAAGCUAAGUAUGGCGAAAUUCGCAAAAUCACUCCUAUUUCUACUAGAGAAGGGGAUUUAAAAGUACAACUUGCAAAUCAACUUGUAGAAAACUUUUUUCAUAUUCACCCUCUGUCUGUGAGAAAAACGGUUGAAUUUGUUGCUGACAGAGUUUCCUCCAAUGUUGCAAAAUGCUUGAAAAAGGAUGUGCAAGAUACUAUUGCACGGUCACGAGGCAUCAUUCUGAAACUGAAUCUUGCACCAUAUGAUGAGAAUGAGGAAACUGAAAGCAUUGCCAAGCUUUUUGAGCAGAUGAGUGAAAAAACUGAAAAGGCAGCACUUGAGAAAUGCAGAGAGCACAUCCAAAAGCUACUACCUGCACUUCUGCCUCCUGACAUGGAAGACCAGGCCGUGAAAAUGUGCUGCAUCCUGAGCACAAAGAGUGCAGUUUCUAAAGUAGAGCAGUGGAUAAAGGCAAAUGUCACAGAGAGAGCUCUGAGGCAGGGGGUGUCUGCUAUACCAUGCACAGCCAGUUUGGGACAGAGCUCCUGCACUGAGAAAAGCAGCAUGUCACACUACACUGUCACCUCAGCUUCCACUGUCUUGGAUUGUCUUCAGGACCACAUGCAACGACUGCAGUCUGGAGAAGGAUGCACCACUGAGAAAGCCAUCAAGCUGCUAGACUUGUGUGUGCAGUCUUUGCAUCUACGAAUGGAGUGGUCACCAACUGCUACUUCAACCUUGCAGCAAGCAUCUUUUGACUUUGUGCUAUGCCUUGCAGUUUGGUGUCCAGAUGUGUGCACAUGUGAGGUGUUUAAUACUGCUCUGCCAUUGUGGGAAAACAGCCCUGCAGUCAAGAAGGCAUGCAAGAAACUCUACUGUGCCAGAAACCUACAUCUAGCAUUGAUGAGUGUUGAUACCCAUAGCACAAUGUUCAAGUUUGGACAGCUAGCGCAGGUUUUGUUGCACUUUGGUUUAAUGACUACAGAAGACCUAGAAGGAAGCCUGAAUGAAGUGCUUGGCUUUGAACUGCCUGGUGUUGUUCUAGAAGCAGCUGUUUGUGUUAUCAGCAGUGUUUUGGAGCUUUGCAAAAAUAGUAACAACUGUGAAUCAGGAAGACCAGAUUAGCAUCACCAGCACUUCAAUUUCUUUCUCGUUCUCUUACUCUCUCAUUGCCUUUAAAAGUUUUUACAUUCGUUGCUUGUAAUUGUACAUAUGAUGGCUCUGAAGCAGUAUGUGUUGCAUGUUCAUGUAGAUAGAGAAAUCAUGAGUAUUGAAAGACUUGCAAACAUUUCUUUUUUACUAUCUGCCAUAACGAAAUUCCAAGUACAAAUAGCUACACAUGGUGACAACUUAUCUUGGCAGUGGAGCGGAGACUGGGCAUCCGCACAUUUGUGCUACUACGCAAGUAGCCCGGCAGCUUGCAGCCGAUUUCAGUUCCAGUGUUGGUUUUACUUGCUCACAGCAUUUGUCAACAAUUUAGGCUGAUGGCACUUUACCCCAGAAUAGACGUUGCAGAUAACUUGCUGGGUCUGUUUUGACAGCCACUUUCUGUCACAUUUCGAGCAUAUCUUUCUGGGGGAACGAAACGGCGAGUUUGCAGCCGCACAUGGUCCAGCCGGCAUCGGGGACGCCAUGUUUACCGCGAGGACAGGCGUGUGGAAAAUGUGGUGCUGUCCAAGAAAUGAAAAAAGAAGAAAAAAAUUAAAGUGUACAAUAACUUUUUUUUCUACUAACUGAUUCACAUAAUUGUUUUAUUUUUAUGAUGAAGAAAGCUUUAUUUAUUUGAGCUAGGUAACUGAAAAUUGGAAAAUAAAAAUAGGUACUAUUUCAUGGCACACACGCAGUCAAGCGUUUCGGUUCUGUAGCUUCCACAGUACUGCCAAGAGAAGUUGUCACCCAAUAUAACUGUACUCAUCAGUAGAGAUUAAAUUAAAGUUAUGACUCUAAAGCUUUCUGCAUUCUUGUACAGGCAUGAUUUCAUCUUUUUAAAUGGAAAUAAAAUUGGCUUAAAGGGGCCCUGGCAACACUUAUUCAAGUAAUCAUUGAAUGACCUUACUAUCGGAGCUUAUUGCCUCGCGAAUCAACUGCCCCAAUAAUUUUUAGAAUCCAUCAAGGACAAGCGGAGUUACAGGGAUUUGUUGGAAGCUUUAAGCGCUUUCUUACUCCUGUCAUCGUCCCAGCAAGCGCACUGAAAGCUAUGCGGG